AAAUACACGUCAUGACAACACGAAUCGAAAAUAAGGCGCUACGCUAUACUACGUUUUGCGCACUAGACAAAUUCAACAUUAACCAUGCUGCAUUAAUAUUUACCAACAUGACAUUUAAAACUGUAAGCAUCGAUUCAUGAAAGAGAAUGUUACAAUUUCAAUUCGCGCCUAAUCCAUCGUGACUCAUUUACGAAGUCAGCUGACCAAAUCCUUAGGAACUGACUCUUUCUACAGUGAUGGACCGAGAGCCUUGAACUUCACACCAGACUCAUUCUCCCUGCAGUGUGGAAGCCGGCGCUGGAGAGGGCAAUAUGCUGAGCUUGAUAAAAGGGAAUACGCAUUUUUAGCCGACUGAGGGUUGACUGUAUCGCGUUAAUCAUGCCGGACUCUUCAGAAGCCUCUUUACCCGCGUUCAGGCGCUUGAGUUACUCAGUGGGGCAUUUUCUCAACGACCUGUGCGCCUCUAUGUGGUUCACAUACCUGCUGGUGUUUUAUCAUUCUGUGCUGGGCUUUCAGAACACAUAUGCUGGUGUGUUGCUGCUAGUGGGACAAAUAGCGGAUGGAGUGUGUACACCACUCAUCGGUUAUGAGUCUGAUAAGACACCCGGCUGUGGAUCAUAUGGGAAGAGAAAAACAUGGCAUUUAGUCGGAACUAUUAGCGUCCUCCUGUCGUUCCCCUUUAUAUUUAACCAGUGCCUGGGCUGUGAUCUGGACACUCCACAGUGGGUCAGUCUCACUUACUUCACCCCCUUCAUCGUCAUCUUCCAGUUUGGAUGGGCGGCCACACAGAUUUCCCAUCUCUCCCUCAUUCCCGAGCUGGUGACUUGCGAGCAUGAAAAAGUGGAGCUCACUGCGUACAGGUAUGCCUUUACUGUGAUAGCCAACAUCACAGUGUAUGCAGUGGCCUGGCUGAUGUUUCAUUUUCAGACUCAGGAAGGAGAUGAUCCUGCCAUUACGGAAAACCUUGGCCUGGUUGACAUCCCUGUUUUCAGAGGUCUAAGUCUUACAGUAGUGGGCAUUGGAGCUCUGUUCUCGCUGCUCUUUCACCUGGGCACACGGGAGAAGGGGGCACGUCCCCGUCAGGAGGAGGAGGGGUCUAGUCCUGGGGAGUGCCAGCCUCUUCUUAACAACACCACUGUUGCUCCUCCCACAAGUCUACUGCAGUGGAAGCACUGGCUGCGACAGCCAUCAUUCUACCAGGUGGCUAUGCUUUAUAUGUCCACCAGACUGAUAGUGAACCUGUCACAAACAUACAUAUCCAUGUAUCUCACCUACACACUACUGCUGCCAAAGAAGUACAUAGCCACCAUUCCCCUGGUCAUGUUCCUAAGUGGCUUUGCUUCCUCGUUUAUCAUGAAGCCUCUAAGCAAGCUAAUGGGCAAAUGUAUGACCUAUUUUUUGGGACUGUUGCUGAUUCUGGCGUUCUCCUGUUGGGUGCUGCUGGACGCACACAUGGGAGAAAAGGUGUAUGGCACAGCGGUCUUGCUAGGCGUGGGGUCUGCUACCAUCCUGGUGAUGUCACUUGCCAUGACGGCUGAGCUCAUAGGAGACCAAACACAAAGUGGUGCUUUUGUUUAUGGAGCUAUGAGCUUGACAGACAAGGUGGCUAAUGGUGUGGGAGUUAUGAUUAUUCAGACACUACACCCCUGCCGCACAAUGGUAUGCUGUCCAGGUUGCGUGUGGUAUUACCACUAUAUCAUGGUCAUCGUCACUGGUGGAGUGGCCGUUUUAGCAGCACUGAGCCUCUGCACGAUUCUUAUCUGGCCGAUAAAGAUUGUGCGCUAUCUGCCUGAGGUGACUGGCCUUAUGGGGAGUGAUAGAGAGGACUCCGAGAGCUCUGAGCAGCCGUCAGUCGACUGAACACGCAGCAGCCGCAGAGAUUCAUCCGUUCUGAUGCAGAGAGCUUUUGGUUGACACUUACAUCACAGUGGUGAAGGUUAGAAUUCAAAUCAGGUUUUGGUUCAGAAUUAUCUUUCACACAGGCCAGUAUUUGCUAUAGGGCGGCCACAUCUUGACACAUGAUUUUCACUGAGACCCAAAGAUGUGAAUUUUUAGACAUGAUUAGUUUUUUAUGUUUAUCAUUUGCUGUUUGUUUUUAUUUAUGAUUAUAAAUUUAGUUCAGUUUUUUCAAUCAAAUCCAUAAAAAUAAGGACUCUGAAAAUAUUUAAGGACUCUGCAAAACUAUUGACGUUAUCAUGAAGUUCAUGCAAGAUGCACAUGUUAUGAUGGAUGCAGCAUUUUAGAUUAUAUUAAUGAAUCCAUCUUAACCGUUUCAUAAGGGAAUUCAUGAAAAGGGAAGAACUGCUAUUUUAAAGCCAUGUUUUGUCAUUUCGAGGCAUAUUUUCAGCUCUGAGAUACGUAGGUUAUCACUGUUAGGGACCAGAGUGUCAAUGAUGAACAUUUUUCCUUGUAUCCACUAGCUUUUUGUUUCCUUUCAUUUUUUAGAUGCAUAAUUAUGUUUUUAUAUGUAAGACAUUUGUGUCUGACAUGUUUUCUGUUCAUAUAAUUUACUGAACAGAAUAAAUGUUCUUUAUGAACAGACAUUUCUGUAUCUAGAUGUGAUGCAUUGUAACCUGUCUUUGUAACUAGUUACUGAUUAGCAGGAAUGCAGUGUCAGUGUGAGUAGUUUCAACAUCUGGUCAGCUGAUCUUAUGUGAUGCUCAAGACUUUUAACACUAAAAAUAAACCAUAAAGGCUGACUCUCAAAUGUAACUGGAAUGAAUUAAAUAGUAAAUUGUAGUGGAAUCA